GCCCCGCCCCGGCCGCGGAGCCAAUGGGCGCGCGGGCAGCCCGGGGGGCGGGGCGGCCGGGGCGGCGGCGACGCGGAGACGGGCGCGGGCCGAGGGCGCGAGCGACCGGGCGCACCGACGACCAUGGCCUCCAAGUGCCCCAAGUGCGACAAGACCGUGUACUUCGCCGAGAAGGUGAGCUCGCUGGGCAAGGACUGGCACAAGUUCUGCCUGAAGUGCGAGCGCUGCAGCAAGACGCUGACGCCGGGCGGCCACGCCGAGCAUGACGGGAAGCCGUACUGCCACAAGCCCUGCUACGCCACGCUGUUCGGACCCAAAGGCGUGAACAUAGGCGGCGCCGGCUCCUACAUCUACGAGAAGCCGGCGGCGGACGGCCCGCAGGUCACCGGCCCGGUCCCCGUGGAGGUGCCCGCGGCCCGCGCCGAGGAGCGGAAGGCAAGCGGCCCCCCGAAGGGGCCCAGCAAAGCCUCCAGCGUCACCACCUUCACCGGGGAGCCCAACAUGUGUCCCCGCUGCAACAAGCGGGUCUACUUCGCCGAGAAGGUGACGUCGCUGGGCAAGGACUGGCACCGGCCCUGCCUGCGCUGCGAGCGCUGCGGGAAGACGCUCACGCCCGGCGGCCACGCGGAGCACGACGGCCAGCCCUACUGCCACAAGCCCUGCUACGGCAUCCUCUUCGGGCCCAAGGGAGUGAACACUGGAGCUGUGGGCAGCUACAUCUACGACCGGGACCCCGAGGGCAAAGUUCAGCCCUAGGCUCCGCCUGCCCAGGGGGCAGUGCCAGCCGCCCGUCCUGCCUCCGAGGGUCCGGCCCAGCCCAGGCCGGCGUGCUGGGGGGAGGACGCCCAUGGGCUUCUCCAGAGAGACCGCCCGCCACGGCCCUCGGCGUGCCCGCUG